UUCCAGCCAGCGGAAAGGCUAAGAGAGUAGCACGGAGAUUAACUGUUCUGAGCCGUUACAUCUGAUCCUUUUGAGUUUUUAGAGAUUAUUAUCUGCUGUAAUUGGCUAAAUAACAUGACAGAGCAGUCAUCACUUCUUCUUAGAAAACAACUAGCGGAGCUCAACAAAAACCCCGUUGAGGGCUUUUCUGCCGGUCUGAUUGAUGAUGAUGACAUCUAUCAGUGGGAAGUCGUCGUUAUAGGGCCAGCUGACACGCUUUUUGAGGGUGGAUUUUUUAAAGCAAACCUCACCUUUCCUCAUGAUUACCCUCUUCGACCCCCAAAGAUGAAAUUUAUUACUGAAAUUUGGCACCCCAAUGUUGCAAAGAAUGGAGAUGUGUGCAUCUCCAUCUUACACGAACCAGGAGAGGACAGGUUUGGUUAUGAGAAACCUGAAGAGCGCUGGCUGCCGAUCCACACUGUUGAGACAAUCAUGAUCAGCGUCAUUUCCAUGCUGGCUGACCCAAACAGCGACUCACCUGCCAACGUGGAUGCAGCUAAAGAGUGGAGAGAGGAUCCCAAUGGUGAAUUCAAGAGGAAGGUUGCCCGCUGCGUGAGGAAGAGUCAGGAGAUGGCAUUUGACUAAAGCCUCCCUUCAGUGCAACUCACUUAAGUGACACCCGGGUUAAACUACAGGGGAUGUGCAUCUGCCACUACGCAAUCAACUGUUGCACCAGUUUUCCGCUAAUAUGGAGAUGGAAGCAAAAACCCAGCCAUUUUGAACAGGAUUUUCCUCUGAAUGUGUGAGAAUAGAAUUAUGUUAUGAAAAUGUCUGUUUUCCUCACCCUGUUUGUGUAUGAGAGAGAGAGAGAGCGAGAGAGAGAGAAUUAUUUAUUGUCUGGAUUAUGUUGAAUUAUAAUGCAUGUCAUUUGGUUUUGACUUGCUUUUUUUUCCUUUUCCUUUUUCUUUUUUUUAAACCUGCCUCUGAGCCAUCAACCUUGAACCGAGUCUCUUAUGCAAUUCUGGAGUUUUCUGUUCGUUUGUGGUGACAGAGGUUGACAGUAAAAUGCUGAUCCCCCUGACCCACCCACCUACCAACCCACCCACCUACCAACCCAUCCAGCAUAAUUAUAGAGAACCCUACUCCCUGGGAAAAACGUACCACAAAUGUCUCUCACCAAGGAGUCAAUGUGCUCUCUGCUGCCUUAAUUUGUUUUCCUAUAUGGAAGGAAAUUGAAUUCAGUGAUGUCAGGAUGUUUAUUCUGUUUUUGAGCAAGAAUCCUCAUUUUUUGGACAAACCAAAAAGUUAGAUAUUUGCAUGAGACAGAGAAUAUUUUUUUGUAUCAGAUGUAAGCUCAAAAACAGUAUUUUUUUGUGUAUGUAAAUAUGAUGUACCAUAGCCGUGUCAGUCAAACCAUGUGUUCUGUGUCGGUUUCCCCUUGUGAAUUUCAUGUGGUUGAGCGUCAAGGCUAUAGGCAGUCCAUUCUACUCCUGGACUAAAGCAUACUCCUCACUCAGGCUAGCCCUAGCCUUCUGUAGCUUACUUGUUUAUCGCCCCUUUAAAUUUUUGCCCUUCUUCCCCCAAGUUGUCUCAUUUUAUUGCUCAUUAAAACAGUGUUUGUGUGACGUA